AUGAUGGCGUCCUCAAGAGUAUCGCCUCUGAAGGCACUCCUGGCGGCCGUCUUCCUCUUUGCCACAAACGUCUUUGCCGUCGCCGCCGUUUUGGGCGUUGAUCUCGGCACAGAGUACAUCAAGGCCGCCCUCGUCAAGCCCGGCAUCCCCCUCGAGAUCGUCCUAACAAAGGACUCCCGCCGAAAAGAGACGUCGGCUGUCGUCUUCAAGCCCUCGCGAAAUGGUCCCCAGAAGGGCCAGUACCCCGAGAGGGCCUACGGUGCCGACGCCAUGGCUCUUGCUCCUCGAUUCCCCAGCGACGUCUACCCGAACCUCAAGACCAUCCUUGGUCUCACCACACAAGACUCCAUUGUCCAGGAGUACGCUGCUCGACACCCCGCCCUCCAAUUGGAGACCCACGCCACCCGAGGCACCGCUGCUUUCAAGAGCAAGGCCUUUACAGCUGAGGUGGAGGCAUGGAUGGUCGAGGAGCUUCUCGCCAUGGAGUUGCAGAGCAUCCAGAAGAACGCCGAGGUGGCUGCCGGUGACGGAACCAGUGUCCGCUCCAUCGUCCUCACCGUUCCUCCCUUCUACACCGUCGACGAAAAGCGGGCCGUCCAGACCGCCGCUGAGCUCGCCGGCCUGAAGGUCCUCAGCCUGGUCAGCGAUGGUCUGGCCGUCGGUCUCAACUACGCCACCAGCCGAGAGUUCCCCAACGUCAGCAACGGAUCCAAGCCCGAGUACAACCUGGUGUUCGACAUGGGCGCCGGCUCUACUAAGGCUACUGUCAUGAAGUUCCAGAGCCGAUCCGUCAAGGACAUUGGCAAGUACAACAAGACCGUCCAGGAGGUCCAGGUUCUGGGCGCUGGCUGGGACCGAACCCUUGGCGGAGAUGCUCUGAACUACCUCAUCCUCGACGACAUGGUCUCACAGUUUGUCGAGUCCAAGGGCGCCCAGAAGAUCUCUGUCACCGCCGAGGACGUCAAGGCCCACGGUCGCGCCGUCGCGAAGCUCUCCAACCAAGUUGAGAAGCUUCGCCAUGUCCUCAGCGCCAACCAGAACACCGGAGCCAGCUUCGAGGGUCUAUACGAGGACAUUGACUUCAAGUACAAGAUCACUCGCACUCAGUUCGAGGAGAUGGCUGAGGAGCACGCCGAGAGGAUCACCGUUGUCGUCAACGAUGCCCUUAAGAUGGCCAACCUUGACAUUAUCGACAUUGACUCCAUCAUUCUUAACGGAGGCGCUACCCGAACUCCCUUUGUCCAGAAGGUUCUUGAGAAGCUUGCCGGUACCCCAGAGAAGAUCCGAACCAACGUCAACUCUGACGAAGCCGCCGUCUUUGGUGCCGGUUUCAGGGCCGCCGAGCUCAGCCCCAGCUUCCGCGUCAAGGAGAUCCGAAUUGCAGAGGGUGCUUUGUACCCGGCCGGUCUGAAGUGGACUGCCGGCGAGGAGACUCAGCACCAGCGUCUCUGGUCUGCUGUGUCUCACCAGGGCACCCCUAAGGAGGUCACCUUCACCAACGACCAAGACUUUACUGCUACAUUCUACCAGCAGGUCGGUUCUGAGGAGAAGGAUGUCAAGACUCUGACCACCAAGAACCUGACUGCUACUUUCGCGGCCAUCAAGGAGAAGUACCCUUCGUGCAUCGAGUCGGACAUUCAUUUCAAGCUCGCCGUUAGACCGAGCAGCGAGAACGGCGAAGUCGAGGUCGUCAAGGCCGCUGUCGAGUGCGAGGCCGAGGUGAAGGACGGCUUCGUGGAUGGAGUCAAGAACCUCUUUGGGUUCGGAAAGAAGGACCAGAAGCCUCUCAAGGAAGAGGAGAAGGUCGAGGGCUCUGAGGAGGAGAUGAAGGAGAAGGCUUCCGAGGAGGCCUCUUCCUCUACUGAGUCCGCCGAAUCCGCUUCGUCGGAGGCUGAGGCCACGGCCUCUGGCAGCACUGAAGAAGUCAAGCCCGACGUCAAGAAGAGAGAGACUGUUGGCAUCCCCGUGGGCGUGACCUUGAAGAAUGUCGGCAUUCCCGAUCUCACCAAGGCCGAGAUUUCCAAGUCCAAGGACCGCCUCAAGGCUUUUGCCGCUUCCGACAAGGCUCGGCUACAGAGAGAGGAGGCCCUUAACCAGCUUGAGGGAUACACCUACAAGAUUAGAGAUCUCCUUGAGAACGACGCCUUUGUCGCCGCCGCCACCGAGGAGGAGAAGACCAAGCUGGCUGAGCUCUCGAGCGAAACCAGCGAGUGGCUCUAUGACGAUGGAGCUGAUGCUUCCAAGGAUGUGCUCAAGGCCAAGCUCAAGGUCCUCCAGGACCGUGUUGCCCCUAUUCAGAAGAGGGCUGAUGAGGCUGAGAAGCGCCCUGAGCAGAUCGCUGCUCUGAAGGGCAUCUUGGAAAAGACUUCAGAGUUUAUUGAGCAGAUCAAGGGGCAGAUCAAGGAGCACGAGAGCUGGCAUUCGUCCGCUUCGGCCUCUGCUUCUGCCUCUGAGGCGAUCAAGUCCAGCACCACUGAGGUUCCCGCUGAGAAGGAGACUGGCGAGUUUGACGGCCUCGAGGACGAGGACAGCGCGUCGACAACGACGACUCGCAAGAUGGAGGACGUCAUCAAGGAGAAGGGACCCAUUCCCCCUCUCUACGUGAUUGAAGACCUCACCGAGGUGAUCACUCUUCACAAGUCAACCAAGGAGUGGUUGAGCGAGAUGGAGGUCAAGCAGGCAGCCCUGAGCGCGGUCGAGAACCCCGUGCUCCUUCUCAAGGAUCUCAUUGCCAAGCGCGAGAAGCUCGAGAAGGCCGGUAUGGAGGUGGCCCUCAAGGGCGCCAGGAAGGUGGAGGAGAAGUCGCGACAGGCCAAGAAGAACGCCAAGGCGGCCAAGAAGAGCAAGAAGAGCAAGUCUUCGUCGACGGCGAGCGGUGACGCGUCUGAGGAGACGGUCAAAAUCAACGCCGAGGACUUUAUGAAGGACGGAGAGCUUGACCAGGAGCAGCUGGAGAAGCUGAUCAAGCAGCUCAAGUUGGAGAAGAAGGGUGAGGAGGAGGGAGAGAAGAAGCCCACGCAUGACGAGCUAUAG